AUGAUGAAUUAUCAAGAAGAGAAGAUUUCCUCCCCGUGUGAAAUUAAGUAUUGUGGACAAGAAAGAAGAUGUAUUGUUAGUAUAGAGUCUGGACUUCCAGAGUGUGUCUGUGUGGAGAAAUGCAAGCCUAGAUAUAUGCCAGUUUGUGGAUCUGAUGGAAAGUUUUAUGAAAACCAUUGUGAACUUCACCGUGCUUCCUGCUUACAUGGAAAGAAAAUAUACAUUGUCCACAGUAAAGACUGUUUCUUCAAAGGAGAUACCUGCACUAUGGCUGACUACAACAGACUCAAGAACAUUCUUCUUGAUCUUCAAGCUAAUCGGAAGAAGCAAGAAAGCAGGCCUCUGGGAGAUAAAAUUUCUCAAAAACGAGCACUUGUAGAAGAUGUGUUUCACUAUUUGGAUAUAAACAUUGAUGGUCAUCUAGACAGUUCUGAACUGGCUCAGUACACAAAGAAUGAAGAGCUGGAUGAGCAUUUUUUGGACUGUAGCAUGGGAGAUCUGCUUCGAUUUGAUGACUACAAUAUGGAUGGUUAUCUAACUCUUCCAGAGCUCUACACUGCAUUCCAGGUUGUCCAGCUCACUCUUGAUCCAGAUAAGAAGGUCAGCAUGACUACUGUAACUGUUGGAUUAAGUACUGUGCUAACCUGUGCAAUUUAUGGAACGCUACGUCCUCCCAUCAUCUGGAAACGAAAUGGAGUAAUAUUAAACUUCUUAGAUUUGGAAGAUAUAAAUGAUUUUGGAGAAGACAAUUCAUUGUACAUCACCAAGGUAACAACCGUUCAUAUGGGCAAUUAUACAUGCCAUGCUUAUGGCUAUGACGACCUCUACCAGACACACAUCCUUCAGGUGAAUGUUCCUCCAGUAAUAAGAGUGUAUCCAGAGACGCAGGCUCAGGAACCUGGGGUGUCUGCCAGCCUGAAGUGUCAUGCUGAGGGUAUUCCUAACCCCAAAAUAACAUGGCUGAAAAAUGGCAUUGAUAUAAUGCCAAAAUUAUCCAAGCAAGUCACAUUAAUUGCCAAUGGAAGUGAACUUCAUAUUUCUAGUGUCCGUUACGAAGACACUGGGGCCUAUACAUGCAUUGCCAAAAAUGAAGUUGGUGUUGAUGAAGACAUAUCCUCGCUUUUCAUUGAAGACUCAGGAAAAAAAACUCUUGCAAACAUUCUGUGGAGAGAAGAAGGUUUGAGUGUGGGGAACAUGUUUUAUGUCUUUUCUGAUGAUGGAAUCACAAUAAUUCAACCACGAGAUUGUGAGAUCCGAAGACAGAUCAAGCCUAGUGAGAGGAUUCUUACAAGCUACGAAGAGAUGUGUCAACAACCUGAAGGAAAUCCCGAUCAAUCGUGUUCAUGGUCUUCAGCCAUCAACGUGAGGGGAAAAUACAUUUAUGUAUCCCAGCCAAACCAGAACAGGGUUUUAAUAAUUGACAUCCAGAUGCAGAAGGUUAAACAGACAAUACAAGUUGACCCAUAUCCAGCAAAAUUACUUUAUGACAAAUCGCAUGACCAAGUCUGGAUUCUUAGCUGGGGAGAUAUAAAUAAAUCACAUCCAUCAUUACAGGUUAUAUCUGAAGCAAGCACAGGAGAAAGUCAGCACAUUAUCCGCACAGACUUUGAAGAUGUAGAGGAUUUGUUUAUUCCCCCAACCAAUCUGAUCAUUAACCACAUUCGAUUUGGCUUCAUCUUCAAUAAAUCCAGACCUUCAAUUCAUAAAAUUGACCUUGAAACUGUGAAUCAAAUAAAGACUAUCAGCUUCAAAAACUCCAGUUGUAUCCCGAAGAACAUGGCAUAUUCCCAUCUAGGUGGCUACUACUUUGUACAGUGCAAAGUAAACAAUUCUUUAACUGCGUUGCCUCAGGUAAUAAUUGAUAGUGUUACAGACACAGUCAUUGGCCCAAAUGGUGAUAUCACUGGGACACCCUACAUUUCCUCCGAUGGACAUUAUUUGGUCAGCACAGAUGAAGUUAAUGGCCGAAUUAGAGUUCAAACAAUUACUUUCCAAGGUGAAAUUAAAUUGAUUUAUGACCUACAAACGAAUUUACAAAUAUCUGAUGUAACUUUUCAAUCAUCUUUCACGGAGAGCAAUCAGUAUUAUAUCUAUGCUGCAUCAAAUCUACAAACUGAUGUUCUCUUUUUAGAACUGUCCUCAGGAAGGAUGGACAUGCUGAAGAAUCUAAAAGACCCAGUAGCACAAAAAGACUGGCCCUGGAAUGAGAAAAAUAGAAUAAUAAAAGACAGUGGCCUAUUUGGACACUAUAUUUUAACACCAGCUAAGGAUUCUCUGUUUCUAAUCAAUGGGAGGCAAAGCAUUCUACAUUGUGAGGUCUCAGGAAUCCGACAAGGAAACACAGUGGUUUGGGUUGGAGAAGUAUGA